GUUUAUUUGGGCUUCCUCUAUCUCUCCCUCUUCACUCUCUCUCCGCCGCCAUUACCGGACAUUUACACCCGAAAGUCCCGUGUGGACAUGAAGCCCAGGGGGUGAGAGGCUCGAAACCCCUCAGACUGGACUAAAACCGCCGACUGGUGUGUGUGUGUGUGUGUGUGUGUGUGUGUGUGGGAGAGAGAGGAUGUGAGGAGGAGGAGAGGAGCUGCGGGGUUGUUUUGGUGCUCGGAGGGAGAAGAGGAGGAUCAGGAGGAGCUUGGUGCUUACUGGAAUUGACGCCAGCAGUGGUAUAAGCAGAAGAGAGAGGGAGAGGUAGAGAAAGAGAGAGAGUGUGUGUGUGUGUGUGUGUGUGUGUGUGUGUGUGUGUGUGUGUGUGUGUGAGACCAAUCAUGACCGAUCCUCAUAUGAAGUGGGCGUGUGAGUACUGCACGUACGAGAACUGGCCCUCAGCGAUAAAGUGCACCAUGUGUCGAGCUCAGCGUCCCAGCGCCGCCAUCAUCGACCGGGAGCUGGACCAGUUUAAGAGCAGCUCCCAGCACGGAGACGACUCUGGAACCAGCGGCUUGAUCAUCUGCCCCGAUUCCAGCGCCAGGCCCCGGGUGCGCCCGCUCCGUGCCUCUGAGGCCGGCAGCCACGCGUCCGUGUCUCACCCCGACGUGGACUAUAACGAUAAAAACCGGAUGCACGCGCCGAGAUGGAGCUGCUCCACGUGCACGUACGAGAACUGGGCGGAGACGCGGAGCUGCGUCGUGUGCGAACACCCGCGCCCUAACGACGGCCAGGCCGUCAUCACUAACGAGCAGGAUCGGGGAGGAUGGAGGACGCGGAGGACGAGGACGCCCCCGGGCAGCUCCUCCGACCGCGACGCUGAGCUCCACAUCCAGGACAUCGAGGUGGGAGCUCACGGCUGCGACGGGGACUUUAAAAAGCUCAAGCAGAUCAAAAACCGGAUGAGGAAGAGCGACUGGAAGUUUCUCAACGCCUGUGUGGGAGUGGUGGAGGGCGACCUGUCUGCAGUGGAGGUGUAUAAAUCCUCAGGCGGCGACAUCGCACGACAGCUCACGGCAGACGAAGUGCGUCUGUUAAACCGUCCCUCGGCCUUCGACGCCGGCAUCACGCUCGUCCACCUCGCUAUCCGUUUCCAGAGGCAGGACAUGCUCGCUAUCCUUCUCAACGAGGUGUCCCAGCAGGCGGUGAAGUGUAUCCCAGCGAUGGUGUGUCAUGAGCUGACGGAGCAGAUCCGCAGGGAGAUCGCCGCCUCGGUGCACCAGCGCAAAGGAGAGUUCGCCUGUUACUUCCUCACUGACCUCGUCACCUUCACUCUACCAGCAGAUAUUGAAGACUUGCCUCCUGCGGUUCAGGAGAAGCUGUUUGACGAGCUGCUCGACCGAGACGUACAGAAAGAGCUGGAGGAGGACGACUCGGUGAUUAACUGGUCUCUGGAGCUGGGUUCUCGAGUGGACAGUCGUCUGUACGCUCUGUGGAACCGGACGGCCGGAGACUGUCUGCUGGACUCGGUGCUACAGGCCACCUGGGGCGUCUACGACAAGGACAGCGUCCUCCGCAACACACUGCACGACUGUCUGCACCACUGCUCACACUGGUUCUACACUCGAUGGAAGGAGUGGGAGUCGUGGUACUCGCAGAGCUUCGGGCUCCAUUUCUCCCUCAGAGAGGAGCAGUGGCAGGAGGACUGGGCCUUCAUCCUGUCCCUCGCCAGCCAGCCCGGUGCGAGUUUGGAGCAGACCCACAUAUUUGUUCUUGCACACAUCCUGCGGCGGCCGAUUAUAGUUUACGGAGUGAAGUAUUACAAGAGUUUCCGUGGCGAGACGUUGGGUUACACCCGCUUUCAGGGUGUGUACCUGCCGUUGCUAUGGGAACAGAGCUUCUGCUGGAAAAGCCCCAUCGCCCUCGGUUACACGAGGGGUCACUUUUCAGCGCUGGUCGCCAUGGAGACCGACGGCUACGACAAUCGCGGCGCGGGCGCCAACCUCAACACGGACGACGACGUGACGGUGACGUUCCUCCCGUUGGUGGACAGCGAGAGGAAGCUGCUGCAAGUCCACUUCCUGUCAGCACAAGAGAUGGGGAACGAGGAACAGCAGGAGAAGCUGCUGCGCGAGUGGAUGGAUUGCUGCGUGACGGACGGAGGAAUGCUCGCCGCCAUGCAGAAGAGCUGCCGGAGGAGGAACCAUCCUCUCGUCACUCAGAUGGUGGAAAAGUGGCUGGACGGCUACCGACAGCUCCGCCCCUGCCCCGCCCUUUCCGACGGGGAGGAAGACGAGGAUGAGGAUGACGAGUGAUGGUGAAGGAUGAAGACCAGAGAGACUAAAACAAUCCUUGCUAAUAGAUGCAUUAUUUCUAUUAUUCAAAUAGAAAGGGCCCUUUAUUCAUAACACACACGUGUAGGUCCUUUUUUUUUUUUUUUUUUUGGUCUUCCCUACCCCAUUUCCCAUAAUGCAACACAAGAACCACAGUCCAGUUCUAUCCUAAACCAAAAAAAAAAGAUUUUUGUUUUACCCAAAAAAUAAUAUCUGUGUGUUUUGUCACAUUAUAAAUAAUGUCUAAACAGUAAACAUGUAGCAGUGCAGAUGUAACGCAUGCGGCUCUUUACAAGGUGUGUGACGUGAACGUGGUUUAAUCCCAGCAUCGUUAAAGUGAAAAUGGAGUUCCUGUGGGUCGAUUAGCGCACUUUCAUGAAAGCACAUUUCUAAAACAACGUUAAUUAAAAAAAAGAAAAAGAAACAAAACCACCUUGUGUUGGUGUACUAUCUCAGAUUUAUUAAAUAAUGUUUUAUCUUGAUGUGAUCGAAGAAAAGAUGUUUGAAGUUGACUUUAUCAUUAGUGCAAGUGUGUGUGUGUGUGUUUUUAAGAGAUUUUUCUUGAGGUCUAAUUUACGUUUUUGUUUUAAGUUUCCUUUAUUACACAUUUGUAGAACUUUUAUUUUCAAAAUAAGAAAGAAAAAAAAAAGCUGAGUUGCCUGAUGAGGUAAGUAUAUACACCAAUCAUGGACCAGCCUUCAGUCCCCAUGUCCAUCAGUGAGCUUAGGACACCCCUGACCCUGACAUCAUAAUUUGUCCCUCGUCAAAUCCUUGGAUGUUUUUU